AGUCCUCGCGAGCGGCUGUUGGUGCUCGUCGCUCGCGCUCUCGUGGAGCUGCCCGCUGCGCUUCCGGCAAGACGAGCAAGAUGGAGGCGGUGGGAGCUUGAGAGCGGCUCUCCUCGACCACUGGCCGCCAUGGCGGAAGACGCUGAGUUGGAGAGGAAGGCAGUAGAAGAGCUAUUGACAGAAGCUAAGCGUGGGAAAACUAGAGCAGAAACAAUGGGGCCCAUGGGCUGGAUGAAGUGCCCCCUUGCCAGUACAAAUAAAAGAUUUCUUAUUAAUACAAUUAAGAACACAUUGCACUCACCAAAAGAGCAAGAUCAAGAACAGAAACAUCAAGAAGAAAAUAACGAAUCUGAGCCAAGUCAGAGCAGGGAAGAAACCAAACCAAAGAGACACAGACUGCAUCCUUACAAACCUAGUUUUCGGUCUAGGAGAAGAGUCAGCUACUCUCCUCCCAGGCACAGGCACAAGUACAAGCACAGGAACCAGAACACAAAGGACAAGGAUGAAAAGCAAUCCAGCAAAUAAUGAAAAAACAUCAUGUCGAUGAAUAUAAUUAAACUAUUAAUUGUGGAGAAAAUGUUCAUUUAACUUUGGCUUGAAAGUAUUGCUCAGUACAAAUAUCUGUUGUAACAGUUUGAAGUUGAGUCCUUAUGUACCUAAAAAAUGAUUCUGUGUUUUUUUUUCUGUUACUAUACCACCUCAAAUUAAAUUUUGAUGAUUGUGAAGACUUUUGUGCUCAGAUAUUUUGGAAAUUAUCUCUUAGACCACGUGUGGGGCAGCUGUCUAUAUUUCUUCACUGCCUAGAGAAGGGAUUUCUUUGUUUGAUGUUGAUCAGAAUCAUAGAGAAGGAACCUCUCCCACUGACUCCAGUGCAGUAAGGAAUGAUCUUUUCCUGCUAUAUAGUACAAUAUGUAAAUACACUUUGUAACUCUGUUCAGAAAAGUUAUUAAUACAAUUUUAAUUUAUUUUUUGUUCUUAGAUAUGAAUCUUGAUAAUUCUCUAGACCAUCACUUUAUUCAAUUUGAAUAUAUUUGCCGUAGUUUUAAUUUGCAAAAAGAUUUACAUGGUAUCUAAAUAUUAUAAAUUAUUUAGCUUGAGUUAAUUAAAUAACAGAGCUCCAUGUGGGGACAUGGAACUCUGUGAAAAAUAUCUCUCUGUUCAUUUCAUAAUAAAAUGUAUGUAUAGAUUUACUUUUCCCAACACCAAAGCGAAUAAGUUCUCUUUUGACUCAGAUGUCUGAAUUCAUAAUUUUUUUCCUGAUCGUAACAUUAAAGUUUUAAUGUUUUGAAUUCAUCUACUUAAAAUGAUGUGCAUUUCAAUGCUAAUAAAUGCAGCGAAGCAUUUUUUUCUGUAUUGAGAGAUAAUUAAAAUUGUAUCUCAGUUCUGUUUUUAAAAUUCUGAAUAUGUAAAUUGCAGGAGGAUAUUGAACAUUGGCAAUUGCAAUUUCUACAGUUGAGUCAAACUCUGUGAUUUUCUUAUUAUAUAAUUGAUACUUUAUUAUAUUUCAAGUGUUUUUCCUGAAAAUAAUGAAAUUAGAUAGUAACUGGUCAGUGACAAUCAUUCUUGAAAUAAAAGUGAAAAUAUCCUCAGCUAUCUGCAGGUACCA